AUGUCUAGGGAUGUGAGACCAGACGUAUUCAAUACGGAUAAAAUUUGGCAAAGAUUUAUUGUAGACUUUACCCCCAAGCUUGUUAAGGAAUUAUGUCUAAAAUUAAUCCAUGAGUGGAAUCAUUUGACAGUAGAUGAUAUAAAAGUCGUUCGAUUUGAUUCAGGUACCCUUAACUAUGUGUUUAAAAUAUGUACCAGGAUUACAAACGACUUACCUAUUGUAGUCUUUAGGGUUUUUGACUACAGCCUUGACAUAAUGAUCGAUCGUGCAAAGGAGAGUGAGGCAUUUGAAAUUGCUGGAAAUUUGGGAGUAGGUCCCAAACAAAUUGUCAAGUUUGACAAAUUUUCUAACCGUGGUGGUAGGAUAGAGGAGUACAUAAGUGGAAGGAAUUUGGUAUACAAGGAGUAUACGGAUAUGAAGGUGGUUUGUUUGUUUGCAAAAGAACUGGCUAAAUUUCAUUCUUUAAUGACUCCAAAAUUACAGCAUUGGUCAAAGGAACCAAAGUUGGUGGAGUGCAUGAAAAAGUGGAUGGAGGAUUCUACUAAAUUUCCAGGUUAUGAUACUAUUUACAAUGAACAAGAGCUUAGGUCUCAAGUUAAUGAGUAUUUAUCAGUACUAACCAAUAAAGUUUCCACUGGUAGAUUUGCAUAUAAUGUGAUGAUGUGCCACAAUGACAUCCAUUUGUUCAAUAUUUUAUUGCACGAUGACUGCGAUAAGCUCACAUUAUUGGAUUUUGAAUUCGCUGGAUUCAACUACAUUGGAUACGACCUAUGCAAUUUUAUGUGCGAAGCUUGUAUUGAUUAUGUCGGUACUGAUGUCAUUCCAUUUUUGACUGUGGACUCUCAAAUGGUUUACCCGCCAGAUUUGGAGCAGGAAAUGACCAAGACAUAUCUUCGAGGGAUGGGAGUGGAAUUUGACGAUAAAUUUAUUCAAGAAUUUAGACGUGAUGUUAAGUUUUUGGAAAUUGGUUGGUGGUUGGCACGCGUAUUUUUUAAUGCAUUACUUGCUUUACACAACAAGAAUGAAGAUAGAAUCCAGUGCCUAAAAAUUUACUCAAAGUUGUGCCAUGAUACAUACAAGGUUAGGAGGCAGAAGGCCAUUGACGAGGGCUAUUGGUCCAGCGAUGUUGGUGCCCAGGGAAGUGAAAUAUGA